AUGGGUUUGGCCGUGGCUCCAUUGCGGCCCAUGACCUCCCCUACUUCUUCGCGGUCAACACCCACCACCGUGGCUGCUGCAGAGAGUUCACAGCCAACCGUAGAAGAGAUAGUCGUGGACUGGAAUGGGCCUGAUGACCCAGAGAAUCCCAAGAACUGGAGUAGGAGCAAGAAAUGGGCUGCGACCGCCGUUGUCUCCGCAUUCACGCUCAUCUCGCCAGUCUCCUCAAGCAUGAUCGCCCCCGCCAGCCAGCAGGUCGCACAAGACUUCGGUAUAACGAAUGACGUCGUGGUGGCACUCGUCACCUCCAUCUUCGUACUAGCAUAUGCCCUCGGCCCACUUUUUCUCGGUCCACUCUCCGAAAUAUUUGGUCGAAACAAGGUCAUCCAGCUCGCAAAUCUCUUCUACCUGUUGUGGAAUUUUGUCUGCGGAUUUGCAAAAACGACGCCUCAGCUGCUUGUAUUCCGAUUUCUCGCAGGAUUGGGUGGUAGUGCCCCGCUAGCCAUCGGCGGUGGUGUGCUGGGAGACAUCUGGUCACCAGAAGAACGGGGUCAAGCUCUUGCAAUCUACUCUCUCGCGCCGCUUUUAGGCCCUGUUGUAGGCCCAGUCUGCGGUGCAUUCAUCGCGCAAAAGUCGACAUGGAGAUGGGUAUUCUGGUCCACAAGCGCAUUCACGGUUGGGGUCCAACUACUUGGUCUGUUUUAUCUGCGUGAAUCGUAUGCUCCAUAUCUUCUUGAGCAGAAAGCCAAACGCCUUCGCCGCUCUCUUGCUAAGGAUUCAGAGAAAGGCACAGUCCCUCGCGUCCGUUCACGGUUUGCGAACCCCAACAGGACAUGGAAGACCAUCAUCUACAUUGCCGUGACCCGGCCCGUCAUUAUGUUCUACCACGAGCCAAUCUUGCAGCUCUUGGGCAUAUAUAUGGCCUUCAUUUAUGGCCUUUUCUACCUUUUCCUCACUUCGAUGCCGCUCAUGUUCCAAGGAGUCUACCACCAGUCCGUCGAAAUUUCAGGCCUGCAUUACUUUGCCCUCGGACUAGGCGUUACUGGUGCCUCACAAAUCAAUGCUCGGGUGAUGGAUAGGAUAUACCGGCGACUGAAGGAGAAGAACGGCGGUGUUGGCGAGCCGGAGUUCCGAUUGCCCUCGAUGUAUCCCGGCACUAUUUGCACGCCCGUGGGGCUCCUGAUCACUGGCUGGAGUGUCCAAAACCACACACACUGGGUUGUCCCCGAUAUAGGAAUUGCCCUUGUCGGGGCCGGCAUCAUCCUCAACUUCCAGUCGAUCCAGAUGUACGUCGUGGACGUCUUUGUCUUGCACGCGGCGUCUGCCCUCGCCGCGGCCAGCUGCUUGCGCUCGCUCUGCGGCUUCGGGUUCCCGUUGUUUGCCCAGGCGAUGUACAAACAUUUAGGCUACGGGAAGGGCGACACCAUUCUGGCGGUGAUUGGAAUCGCCAUCGGCUGUCCCGCCCCACUGUUGUUUUGGAAAUACGGGAAGCACAUACGGAUGCAGAGCAAGUUUGCAAAGGAGUUUGCGCAGAGGGGGAGAAGCCCGCGCGGUAGGUAG